UUCUUUGGUGGCAUGGUGCAGGAGAUUGGGCCACCAGAAGGAUACUGGCACCUUGAUUUUUCUUCUUCCAUAUUGCAUUCUUCUCAGUGUUCUUCAGAGAUGGACUUAGUUGACCUAUCUACCAUCUUUUUUGCCCAGUUUGUUCAAGAAGCCACUUACAAGGAAGUAGGCAUAAUGGUGAAAGAUAUAUUGAGUGUACUUGAAAAAUCUGCUGGCAGUGAGCAGACUGAGGGGUGCUUAGAAAACCAGCUAUCUGCCUUUCUGGAAGAAAUUUGCCAUGAGAGGGAAAUUUCUGAAAAGUAUGGACUUUCCAACUGCUGCAGCAAAAGUGAGGAGGAAAGACCCAACUGCUUUCUAGCACACAAAAAGGCUGCUCUGGCAUCCAUUCCACCCCUUCAAGUUCCAGAACCUGUCACGAGUUGUAAGGCGUAUGAAGAAAAUCGGAAGGCGUUCAUGAACCGAUACAUCUAUGAGACUGCAAGAAGGUAUCCCUUCCUGUAUGCACCUAAAAUUCUUUCUUUGGCUGCUCUCUAUGACAAAAUAAUUCCAUCUUGCUGCAAAGCUGAAAAUGCAGUUGAAUGCUUCCAAACAAAGACAGCAUCAAUUACAAAAGAAUUAAGAGAAAGCAGCUUGGCAAAUCAACAUACAUGUGCAGUAAUGAGAAAUUUUGGAACCCGGACCUUCCAAGCUAUGACCCUUACAAAACUGAGUCAGAAGUUUUCCAAAGCUAAUUUUACUGAAAUUCAGAAACUGGUUCUGGAUGUGGCCCAUACACACGAGGAAUGCUGCAGAGGAAAUGUGCUGGAGUGUCUGCAACAUGAGCAAGAAAUUAUGUCCUACAUAUGUUCUCAACAAGAUACUCUGUCAAGCAAAAUAGCAGAAUGCUGCAAGUUGCCCACACUUGAACUCGCUCAAUGCAUAAUUCAUGCAGAAAAUGAUGACAAACCUGAGGGCUUAUCUCCAAAUCUAAACAGGUUUUUAGGAGAUAGAGAUUUCAACCAAUUUUCUUCAGUGGAAAAAGAUUUCUUCUUGGGAAGAUUUGCUUAUGAGUAUUCGAGAAGAAAUACUGACCUUGCUAUCCCAGUAAUUCUAAGGGUUACUAAAGGAUACCAGGAAUUAUUGGAGAACUGCUCCCAAUCUGAAAAUCCUCUUGAAUGCCAAGAUAAAGGGGAAGAAGAAUUAGAGAAAUACAUCCAAGAGAGCCAGGCAUUGGCAAAACGGAGCUGUGGGCUCUUCCAGAAAUUGGGAGAAUAUCAAUUACAAAAUAUGUUUCUUGUUGCUUAUGCGAAGAAAGCCCCCCAGCUGACCUUUCAGGAGCUGAUAGCCUUCACCAGGAAAAUGGCUGCUGCAGCAGCCACUUGUUGCCAGCUCAGGGAGGACAAACAAUUGGCCUGUGGUGAAGAAGCGGCUGACCAAAUUAUUGGAGAAUUAUGCAUCAGGCAUGAAGCGACUCCUGUGAACCCUGGUUUCGGCCACUGCUGCACUUCCUCAUAUGCCAACAGGAGGCCAUGCUUUAGCAACUUGGUGGUGGAUGAAACAUAUGUCCCUCCAUCAUUCUCUGCUGCCAAGUUCCUCUUCCAUAAGGAUCUGUGCCAAGCUCAGGGUGUAGCGCUGCAAAUGAUGAAGCAAGAGUUUCUUAUUAACCUUGUGAAGCACAAGCUACAAAUAACAGAGGAACAACUUGAGGCUGCCAUUGCAGAUUUCUCUCACCUAUUGGAGAAGUGCUGCCAAAGCCAGGAGCAAGAAGUCUGCUUUGCAGAAGAGGGUCACAAACUGAUUUCAAAAACUCGUGCUGCUUUGGGAGUUUAAACUGCAUUCAGGGAGAAGAGAAGACAAAAUGAGUCUUUAUGGUCUGGUGUGAACUUUCCCCUUUAAUUAUAACUGUAACAUAAUACUUUUUCUGUGA